AUGCCUUCCACUGACAUUAUUGCCUUUCUUUUCCACUGGUACACCGCAAAUGCCCUCGAGAUAAACACCACUGCAAUCGAUCUUGCGACCGCCAUCUGGAGGCCACUUCCUAGUUCCCAAGGUCGCGGAACGGAAGAUGCGGUCGAGAAUCAGGAAGGGGACAGCAGUGUUCCAAUUCCCAAAUGUGCGCCCGGGAAGAACUCAGCUUCCAGCUCGUCCUUACGCCGGCGCCGCCAGUACAUGAUUGAAUCUCCCAAAUCUCACAAUGCGGUCUCCAGCAGCUUUUCCACACGAUAUUAG